GGGGGCGGGACGCGGCGGCGGCGGCCUUGGCGGGAGCUGGUGUGUGUGUGGCCAUGCUGCGGUUGGGGUGGGCGCCCUGCCGGGCGUCGCUAAGCAACGCGCGCUUCCUCCUGCCGCCCCCCCGGGGGGCCGCCCCCCCCCAGUUGAGUCCCUGCCCCUGGAUCCGGCUCCCCCUGAGACGAGAGCGGUGUCACGAGGCAGCUUCGCGAUCCGGAAGGGUCGCGACGACGACGUCCGCCCCCACGAAAGCCUCUGAGAGGAUCCUGGGCCGCUGGCUGUUGGUCUGCAGCGGAACCGUGGCCGGGGCAGUUAUUCUCGGUGGGGUGACCCGAUUAACAGAGUCUGGCCUCUCCAUGGUGGACUGGCACUUGCUGAAGGAGAUGAAGCCGCCCACGACACACGAGGAGUGGGAAGCGGAGUUCCAGAAAUACCAGCAGUUCCCCGAAUUUAAAAUCCUGAAUCGUGACAUGACCCUCACAGAAUUCAAGUUCAUCUGGUACAUGGAGUACUCGCAUCGCAUGUGGGGACGGCUUGUGGGCUUAGCCUACAUCCUGCCCGCUGCCUUCUUCUGGAGGAAGGGCUGGCUCACCCGUGGCCUGAAAGGACGUGUCCUGGCACUCUGUGGCCUCGUUUGCUUCCAGGGCCUUCUCGGGUGGUACAUGGUGAAAAGCGGGUUGGAAGAGAAGCCGGAUUCGCACGAUAUUCCUCGGGUCAGUCAGUAUCGCCUGGCUGCCCACCUGGGCUCAGCGCUCGUGUUGUACUGUGCCAGCCUGUGGACUGGACUCUCCCUGCUGCUUCCUCGUCACAAGUUACCAGAAACCCGUCAGCUCCUGCAGCUGAGACGAUUUGCCCAUGGGGUGACUGGCCUCGUCUUCCUUACGGCACUCUCAGGAGCCUUUGUGGCGGGCCUGGAUGCGGGCCUUGUAUACAACUCCUUCCCCAAGAUGGGGGAACGUUGGGUCCCAGAAGAUCUCUUCACCUUCUCCCCGGUCCUGAGGAACGUCUUUGAGAAUCCCACCAUGGUGCAGUUCGAUCACCGGAUCCUGGGAAUCACCUCCGUCACAGCCAUCACAGUGCUCUUCUUCCUGUCUCGGAAAGUCCCCCUCCCUCGCAGGACCAAGAUGGCGGUGGCCUCUUUACUGGCAGUGGCAUAUACACAGGUGGGCCUGGGCAUCAGCACGCUCCUGAUGUACGUCCCCACCCCGCUGGCCGCCACCCACCAGUCCGGCUCCCUGGCUCUGCUCAGCGUGGCCCUGUGGCUCAUGAGUGAACUCCGCCGGGUCCCGAAAUGAGCCUCCGCCGUGGCCCCAGCCGGGCUUUCUACGGGUCUGCGGAUGGAGCGGGAAUCGGCCUACUCAUCCCGUCCGUUGAAGAGAGGAGGCCUCGCUAGCCGGUUCAUCCGGUUGUUUCUAAAUGGGCCCAUUCACCGAGCGUCGGCAGGAGGAGCGAAGUUAAAGGAGAGUCCCACCGGCGGGGUAAUGUAUUUUUUAGAAUGUUUCACACCUAAGACCAGAGUGAAUUCAGACAAGGAAGCCGGUGGAUACAAAAAUCGUAUUUAUUUUUAAAAGACUUUAAAAAAAUCUUGUAAAAUAUAGGAACUGACAUUAAAUGUGUUUGUUGAAAUGUC